UGUGCCAGGACGUCGUUCCAUCCACAUAUGGAUCGCGUGAAGAAAGAUUUUUUAAAUGCAUAUGAGCGUGCUGUCAUUAGUGUAAUCUUGUCUUUGCGAUCCCUAUCGGAGCGACACGUAGGGAACAAAUAUGUUCCGAGGAACAUCACUUGCAGCUGGUCCUAGAAACUUUUUUAUUCCACAUCUUCUACCUGCUGUUUCUCUCCUGCAUGCAGUGGAAGAGCUACUGACUCCAUACAUGCACUUUAACCACUCUAUAUAAGGUGGGAUCUCACCAUGCGCCAUGCUUUGCUGGUCGCCGUCCUGCUGCUGGGCAGCCUGGGCUCGCAGGGAGCCAACAUCCUGGCGCCCCUCUGGUUUUCGGCGCCCAGCCACUUCGUCAUGUUCGACCGGCUGCUGUCGGAGCUUGCAGCCAGGGGCCACAACGUGACGGUGCUCAGCUACUUCCCCAGGAAGACACCUCUGCGGAACUACCACGACAUAGCGCUGCACAGGGACGAAUGGCACCACCUCAAGGGGAUGUCGGUGGACAUGAUCCCUGUGUUGCGGUCCAUCACGCUGGGCUACGCCUAUGGCUGGAUGGGCAACGUAGAAGGCUGCAGGGAGGCGUUCUCGCAGCCUCAGACGCGGCAGCUGGUGCGUUCUGCUGACCGCUACGACCUGGUCAUCACCGACAUCCACUUUGCAGACUGCACGGUAGCCUUCGCGCACCACCUGGGCGUGCCGCUCAUCAACGUCGCCACCAGCUUCCCGUUCGCCUGGACGCACGACAGGGUGGGGAACCCGGAUCACCCGGCGUACACGGAGCUGUUCAACUCUGAGGCGGUCGCGCCGUUCACCUUCUGGCAGCGGCUGAAGCACUCCGUGGCCUACGUGUACACGCGGCUCGGCAACCGCUGGCUGUCGGACUGGCAGGUGGACGCCGUGGUGCGCGAGGCCUUCGGGCCCGGCGUGCCGCCCACGCACGACCUGGUGCGCAACGCCAGCCUCGUGCUGCUCAACACCCACUGGAGCAUCGACCAGGUCAUCCCCAAGGUGCCCGCCCUCGUAGAAGUCGCAGGUCUGCACGUCGCAGACCCGAAACCUCUUCCGCAGGACAUCCAGAAAUUCAUGGACGACAGCCCUGCAGGUGUGGUAUAUUUCUGCCUCGGCUCAAAGUUCCGACCCGACUCGUUCUCUCCGGAGAAGCUGCAGGCCGUGCUGGACACAUUCUCCAGGCUGGAGCAGCGCGUGCUCUGGAAGGUGGACGCCUCCAGCCUGCCGUCGCUACCGGACAACGUGAAGACGGCAGCGUGGGUGCCGCAGAACGACGUGCUCAAUCACCCUAACACGCGUGUUUUCAUCACUCACGCCGGUCAGAUGAGCAUGGUGGAGACGACGAUGGCCGCCGUACCUGUGCUGGCCAUUCCAUUCGGCGGUGACCAGGUGGCCAAUGCGGCGAGGGCGGCCAAGAGGGGCACCGGCCUCCUUUUGGAGUACCAGGACCUCACGUACGACACGUUCAGCAGCGCUCUGGACGCGUUGCUCAACGAUGCCAGGUAUCGUGAGCGCGCCAAACAAGUGUCGCAGCUGUUCCGGGACCGACCUCGACCUCCGAUGGAGGAGGCUGUCUACUGGGUGGAGUACGUCAUCAGGCACCGGGGGGCGCCGCACCUGAGGUCUGCGGCGCUGGACCUGGCCUGGUACCAGUACCUGCUGCUAGACGUCGCUGCCUUCGUGGUGGCGGCGGUCGUCUUCUCUGUGGCGCUGCUCUUCUUUGGUGCACGGGCGCUGCUGAGGUGCUGCACGCCGAGGAGGGUCCCAGCUAACAAAAAGAAGACCAAUUGAGUUAGCGAAGGGCUGUGCAAGUUGUAACUAGUCGAAAGAGCCAAGUUGGUCUGUUACUGCAAAUAACAACAGAUAGUGGGUUUACAGAGAACAUAAGUACUAUAUAUAUUUGCUAGUAUUUUUUAUGGCAUUUUGGAGGAGUUCGACAGACUCUAUUAAAAAAGUGUUUUCAUCA